UAAAGAAUAUAAAGUAUAAUAUCAAUUCUCGGAGGAUGUCGAAGGAAAAAGAUCAAAAUAUUAACGUCUUCGUGCGUAUCAAGCCUCUAAGUAAGACGAACAUAUCGGAAAAAUGUACAACAGCAGUAAAGAUGAUAUCCGAUACGGAAAUAAUGGUCUGCGAGCGAUCGCAAGACAGAUUCUCAAGGAACUUUACGUUUGAUCGAGUCUUUGAUCCCUCAUCAACCCAAGUUGACAUAUACAACACAGUGAUGAGCCCGUUGUUGAAGGAAAUCAUCGCCGGAUACAAUUGCACGGUGUUCGCUUAUGGCCAGACCAACACCGGCAAAACAUACACGAUGGAAGGCGAUCGCUUGAACGAUCCGAAUCUGCACUGGCAAAGCGACACGUCCGCCGGCAUGAUUCCCCGUUGCUUAAGCCACCUGUUCGACGAGUUGCUUUCAAAGAACCAAAAUUAUAUCAUCAAAGUUAACUACCUGGAACUGUACAACGAAGAGCUGUUCGAUCUUCUGUCGAAAAACGACGAUGUCUCGACGUCGAGGCUGAUUUUGUACGAGGACUCGAAAAAGGGCGUGCUCACCAUUCACGGCCUGGAGGAGGUGAUUGUUCGCGACAAGUACGAGGCCUAUGAGAUCCUCAGGAGGAAUUCGGAGAGACGGCAAACCGCGACGACUCUGUUAAACGUCAACUCGAGCCGUUCUCACACGGUAUUUUCGAUUACUGUACAGAUGAAGGAGAUUAGCAACAGCGACGAGCUGCUGAAGACGGCGAAGUUGAACCUGGUGGACCUGGCCGGCACCGAGAACAUCAGCAAAUCCGGAGCUGUUGACAAAAGGGCGCGAGAAAGCAAGAAUAUCAAUCAAUCUCUGCUGGCGCUCGGAAGAGUGAUAACCGCCCUCGUGAAUAAAGCGCCUCACAUACCGUACCGAGAGUCGAAGCUUACGAGAUUGUUGCAGGAGUCGUUGGGCGGGCGUACGAAGACGUCGAUAAUUGCGACUGUCUCGUUCGCCAACAGCAACAUCGAGGAGACGCUAUCGACGCUGGAAUAUGCGAAUCGAGCGAGGAACAUCACUAAUCGUCCUGAGAUCAAUCAAAAAUUGUGCAAGAAGCUGUUGCUGAAAGAAUACACCAAGGAGAUAGAAAGCCUCAGGAAAGAUCUACUGGCGACGUCUACAAAAAAUGGCAUCUGCUUAUCGCUAAACAACUAUAAUGAGUUGCAGAUGUCGAUGGAGUAUCAGAGCAAGAAGAUACAGGAGAUAAAUGGUACCUGCAAAAUGUUAGAAGGUGAAAUAAAGAACAAAGAGGAAUGUAUUCAUAAUCUACAAUUGCAAUAUGACGUUCAAACAAACGUGUUAACAAAAAUCACGAAUGAAGUGUAUGAUAUGAAUAGCGCCUUGAAAUUGACAAAGAUGUAUGUGAAACAGAUAGAGGAUGAUAAAAACAAACAGAAACACCUUGUAGAGAAGUAUAUUGGAACCAAACAGAUUUUGCACGCGCAAAUGGGAUCUCUUUUGAACGUGGUAAAGGAAGCAUCUGAAGAUGCGCGAAAGCUGCAGGACAAACUCGAUUGUAAAAGACAAAUUGAGGAAAAAAAUAAAAUGCUUGUAUGGCAGACUAGUGAUGAUUUGAUGGAACGCUACACAGAUAUAGAAAAUAUACUUUCAACUUAUAAAACAAUUAGUGAUAUCUUUUUUCAAAAGAUAAGAGAUAAAAUUGAAACUCAGAUAGCUGCACAAAUUAAGAAUAUGAAGGCGACAAUUCGUUCCAUGAUCCGUGAUGCAAUUCAUCAGCAUUUUACUAUAAGUAAAAAUGUAAAACGUGAGAUAAAUACUUCGUAUGCAUGCUAUCGAAAGAUGUUAAAUACAUAUGUGCAAGAUACAUCUCGUACAAUGAAGAACGGAACUGAAUGUUUAAGUGACUUCCAUUUGAAUGCGGCAUCGAAUAUGUUUGAUUUGUUGAAAUACAACGAGAGUUUUCUACAACAAUUACAGAUCUUAAAAAUGAACAUUCUUCAGAAAGUAGACAGUGUGUCAGAAUAUGCGAAAUUUGUCUUAGAAGCUGUCUGUGAAGAUCACCUUGAAGAAUGUAAUUAUCUUCGUAAAAGUUUAACCGAGAUUAGAGAGCAUAUUAAUUGUAUCGCUCAAAACAAAAAGCAAACCAUGGAAAAUUACAAAGAAUUCGGAAAGGAAAUGGAGAAUUUGCUGUGCAAAUUCAGGCCCUUAAAUGAACAUGACAGAAAUUCCAAAAUUAUUGAUGCGUCUUGUCAAAUUGAUGAGAUUUGCACUAACAUAUACGAUCACACACAAGUUUAUAGCGUAGACAUGAAUAAACAAAAGCAUUUGAAAAACUCGCUAGAAAAUAUAUCCCAAGCCAAGAGCGAUAUUGAUCAUAAUUUUGACCAGAUGCAUAUGAUGGGUACAAUUACUAUCGAAAAAGGAAACGUUUUAGUGAACGAUUUACAAAAACAUCUAAAUACUAGUUGUACCACAUUAAAGCAAUAUAACAAUAACGUGCGAUUUAAUUUAGAGCAAUUACAAGAGAAAAUGGAAAAAGAUAAAAUUGUAAAACUUAACUUAAAUAAUACUAUUUGUGAAACGGUCAAAGACCUGAAUUUAAAUCAUGUCACAUUUAUGGAACAGCAGCAGCAUAAAAUUUCAAAUUUAUGUAAAAAGAUAGACGACGAAUUAACAAUUCAUGAUAUAGAAACACAUAAUUGUAAUAACGACAUAAUUGACAAACUACAUAUCUCACAACAACAAAUCGACGAAUUUUUGGUUGAAGAUUCUCAUCAUUACAUUCCAACAGGCACAACACCGCCGAGAAAGACAUUUUCUUAUUCUCAUCAAUUUGCCACAACGUCGCCGUUAUUAUCAUGGCCAUCGAACAAAUCAUUUAUAGAUUCUGAGAUUGCAGAAAACAUAGGACAAUUUUAAUGUAAAAUAUAAAAGUUUUUACACAUAUAACAAUGAGAAUAUCGAGCCAAGAUUUGCUAUAACAAUCUUCUUUUAUUAAUAUAAACGUUUCGGUCAAGAUUUGACCAUUUUUAGUGCGUUCCGUCAAAAUUAAAAAUUGUACAAAAACUAAUUACGAAAAAAAACUAAUACAAAAAUUAAUAUUAUCUUAAAUUAAAAAUCCAUAAUAAAUCGGAAAUUAAAAAUUUAUUAAAAAUUGUUUUCUUAUAUGAUUUUGUGUAUAGAUUUAUUUAUAAAUUUAGCUAAUGUUAAUCAAUUCCUUGAUGUUAAGAUUAAAUUUAUGUAUGUAUCACUUAAAUAGGUUUUAAGAGCAACAUAUAAUAAAAGUUGAGUGUGUAAGCA